CAACUCCUCUGCCGUCAACGGCGUCAACUAAGUGGCAUAGCUCUUUCGAUGCAAAGGAAAAGACCUAAUAGGAUUGUUGGCCUGCUUACUUAACAAGUCAAAGAUACGAAUAGUGAGUGCCUAACCUCUUACCUAUGUGCCUAACUUUGCAGUUGUUGUGGCAGUUGUGGCUAUUCAACAUAACCAAGAACAUAAAUAUUUAUUUCUAUAAAAAUAAUACAAAAACAAAAAAUGAGUUAUAAUGGUACCCCCCCGACAAAAAUUAGAAAAAUACAAGAAAAACCCCCAGCCAAUCCAGUUAAGGUUGAAGGAUUACAGACAUUUUCAAGUUCUACAAGGUUGUGUCCAUACCUAGAUACAAUUAAUAGACAAUACUUAGAUUUCGAUUUUGAGAAAUUAUGUUCAGUAUCAUUAACUAGAAUCAAUGUAUAUGCUUGUCUCGUUUGUGGAAAAUAUUUCCAAGGAAGAGGUACUAACACACAUGCAUAUACUCACUCGGUAGCAGAAGGUCAUCAUGUUUUCCUUAAUUUGCAGACUCUUAAAUUUUACUGUUUGCCAGAUAACUACGAAAUCAUAGAUUCGUCUUUAGAUGACAUAAAGUAUGUGUUAAAUCCAACAUUUUCUGAAUAUCACAUCAAAAAUUUGGAUUCCUCUACAAAACUUUCAAGAGCAAUAGAUGGUUCACUUUAUGUGCCUGGUAUAGUGGGCUUAAAUAACAUCAAAGCUAAUGAUUAUUGCAAUGUAGUCUUACAAGCUCUAUCACAUGUUACACCAUUGAGAAACUAUUUCUUAAGAGAAGAGAAUUAUAGUAAUGUAAGAAGACCACCUGGUGACUCAGCUUACCUUCUUGUCCAAAGGUUUGGUGAACUUAUGAGAAAAUUAUGGAAUCCCAGAAACUUCAAAGCCCAUGUGUCUCCUCAUGAAAUGUUACAGGCUGUAGUCUUAUGGAGUAAAAAACAGUUUCAAUUUACUCAACAAGGAGAUCCAAUAGAUUUUUUGUCUUGGUUUCUAAAUGCCCUUCACAAAGCUCUCAAUGGUACAAAGAAAAAGGAUAGUUCUAUAAUAUAUAAAUCAUUUUUGGGCAAUAUGAAAAUUUAUACAAGAAAAAUACCUUCAUUGGAUCUUAAUGAAAAAGAAAAAAAAUCCCUUUUAGCUACCCCAGAAUACCAGGAGGUUGAAACAGAGUCUCCGUUUUUGUAUUUAACUUGUGACUUACCUCCCCCACCUUUGUUUAUAGACGAAUUUAGGGAGAACAUUAUUCCUCAAGUAAACUUAUAUCAGCUGAUAGCAAAAUUCAAUGGACAAACAGAGAAAGAGUACAAAACUUAUAAGGAAAAUUUCAUGAAGAGGUUUGAAAUUACUAGGCUGCCACCUUAUCUUAUACUUUAUAUUAAGAGAUUCACAAAAAAUACCUUUUACGUGGAAAAAAAUCCAACCAUAGUGAAUUUUCCAGUAAGGAAUGUGGACUUUUCCGAAUUUUUAACUCCAGAAAUUAUAGCAAAACAUAAAAACACCAUUUAUGAUUUAGUAGCCAAUAUAGUACACGAUGGUGAGCCGAAUAAAGGUACCUACAGAGUACAUAUUUUACAGAAGUCCACUGGUCAAUGGUAUGAGAUGCAAGAUUUACACGUAACUGAUAUUUUACCGCAAAUGAUCACUUUAACUGAAGCUUAUAUACAAAUUUAUGAAUUAAGGACUACCCAAUAAAUUUUUUAUUAAGA